AUGGCACACUCGAAACGCAACACUUCUCUUCCCCAUUUCACCUCUUAUGAACGGUCUCUUCUCCGGUCCACCUGGGGAACCCAAAGUGCCAGACUAUCACGAGAAUCGUUUCUUCCAUUUUCGUCUUGCAGACUCUGUCUUCUUCCAGCUCGCGCGCCGGUAGUUGCAUGUGCCACGAAUGGCGAUUUGUUUUGCCGAGAAUGUGCCGUCAAUGACCUCCUUGCGCAAAGAAAGGAAAUCAAACGAUUAGAAAAAGAGAGACAAUUGGAGAAACAGGAAAAUGAGGAAAAUGAGAAGCGGAUAUUGGAAGAAGCUAAGGAGAGGGAGUUGAGAGAGUUUGAGAUGAUAAGCAUAGGCCUCGAGGAUCGGAAGAGAAAGCUCCACGAUCGAGAUCAUGCCAGAGGGGGAAACAUGGAUAACACCCAAGAGCCGUCUGCUAAGAAAAAAAAGGGAUUUCAGCUGGAUGAAUCGGAACUAAAACGCAUCGCGAGCGAGGAGAGGGACAGAGUUAGGAAGCAGAUUGAGUUGGAAAGGAGCGAGUCCUCAAAACCACAAAUGCCUUCUUUCUGGAUUCCUGCGUUAACACCAAGUACAGAAAAUGGUGCAGGGGACUCGAAACCUGCGAAACUCAGCCCUAUUUGUCCCGCAUCUACCCCUACAAACAAGCACGGAUACGCCCUCAAGUCCCUCGUCACAGUGAAUUUCACAGAAGAGAAGGAUGAAAAAUCCGAUGAAAUGGUGCGGAUAUGUCCGUCAUGUAAACGAGCAUUAAGCAAUGGCGUCAAGGCAAUGCUGACAAAACCCUGCGGGCAUGUUAUCUGCAAGCCAUGUGUAGAUAAAUUCAUGACGCCACAUAAAGAUCCCGAUCCGCAUGCGAAAAAUUCAGAGGAGGCUGAGCUCUAUGGCAAAAUGCUCUGUUAUGUUUGCGAAACAGACAUCACAGAGGAAAAGCUGAAAAAGGAAAGUAAGAAACAUAAGGACAAGGAUAAAAUACGGCCGGGCCUUGUCGAGAUCAGCAGCGAAGGCACCGGAUUUGCGGGGGGAGGAACGAAUUUCGCAAAAAAAGCUGGCACGGCGUUUCAAUGCUGA